ACGUCUAGGAUCGUAAAUGUUGACGGAUGGCCAAACUCGGCGAGUGGUAAAACUACCUCGUCUUGUUUACGGGAUUGAAUACAGUACAAGAUGAAGCUGUCAAUGUAAUAUUUAGUGCAUCUACUUCUGCAUAACUGUGUAUUGAAGUCAACUGACUAUGGAUAGUCCUGUGUGUGCUAGUGUUCGUUCAUCGGAAGACGACAGGUCCUCACACAUCUUCACCGACCUCAGGUCACAUGAUGACCUCUUGCUUCCAGUCCAAGGGUCAAAGAGGUUAAAGUACACAUGUAUUACUUGCUGUCGUCAGUACAUAGCACUGGGAUCGUCACACGGCGGUCUCUAUAUCUUCCAGAGGGAUACACUCAAAUACUUGAUGCAGAUUGGUAAUAAGGAAGGACUCACAAAAGCUCUUUUCUCUCCAAAUGAAAAAGUGAUCGGCUUGGCAACGAGUGGAGGAGCUGUCAUCGCGUGGCAGCUGAACAUUUCCUCGCGGCAGAAGGCAGAGAGACUGGUAGCUACACAGACCCAUCGUAAUCACACAAUCACCAGUCUCUGCUGGGAUGGGGCGGGGCUAAGACUCUUCUCCGGAGAUGAUAGAGGGCGCAUCACUGUCACAAAUACAGAUAGCAGUAAGCCAUCAGGCCUCUUCAAGUUCCAGUCAGAGUUGGUUGUCGAUGUCGACUCAAGUGUCGUUCAGAUGGACUUUGCCGAAGAGAGACUUCUGAUCUCUACUCUGACGAGGUGCUACUUAUGCGACCCUAAAAAGCGACUCUCUUUCCAGAUUGGUUCAAAACUAAGAGAUGGUGCUUAUGGAGCUUGUUUUUUGAGUAAGAUUGGAAGUGAGAAGCCCUCUAUCUUUUGUGCAAGGCCAGGAAGCAGACUGUGGGAGGCCAACACACUUUGUCAAGUGCUCAACACACAUCAGUUCAAACAGCUUCUAGCCACUCCCCCGCUUCCUGUCAUGGGCAAAGGACGAGAAGUGAAAUUUUCAUCUGAUGACGACAAACAUCCUCCCCAGUCCCUUGCUUUCCCUAUACUCCGUCCUCUCGGCAAUCAAUUCUUGGUGACGUGGAAUGAGCGAGGAGUCUUUGUCUUUGAUCCUGUCAAAGUAAACGUCCUGUUUUGGACAAAUGAUAUUUCAGGUUUAUUAGAUAUGAGCGUAAGCAAGAGCUCCCUCUACUGUUUACACAACGACGGCCGCAUCCGCAAGUACACACUCCAAACCAUCGCCCGUUGUGCUGCCUCUCUCUACCAACAAAGCCUGUUGGUCCAGUGCUCUCGACUAGUCUUGCGAUUCCAGACACAGUUCCAGCACUCCCGUGCCAGGCACCACAUGCCACCGCGAGUCCUGCAUGAGUUGGCCAUGCGUGUGGCUGCGGAGGAAUCCAUCUUGGGCAGUGAAGUCGAGGAGCUUGCUGUUUCUGUGGAGAAGAGGAUGGUGGAUGUGUCGUCGAGGAUGAGCAGUCGGAGGAGUAGUUUCGACUCUUACGACGGAAUGAAAUUGCAGUCUGGGAUCUACGUUGUCAGGAAGCGACUUGACAGCGAAUGCUCUGAUGAACUUCCUCUGGGGUACGAUGCCCACAUGGAGAGACUUCAAGCAAGCCUAGAAUGGACCAGCCAGGAUACGAUCCAAGAGACAAGUCUUACCAUGGUAGGACAACCAUCAAAGGAUGCAACUCAGAACGAUACUAUCAACUCAGGAAUCAGAGACAAUGGGAGGGCACAUACUGUGGUCAAAGACAAGAGCCUCGAGGAAGAAACCAGCAGCGGCGAUGCUGUUACGGGAGACAUUGCUCUGGGUGAACAGAGUGGAUCUUUGCAGGACGCAGUGGAUACCCAAGUCAUUAGAGAGAACGGACUUCGUUUGGCCCAAGUGGAUGUUGCAGGUGAUGGCUGUGUUGCGGAGGAGGAAAAUAGCAAUGUUGUUGAUUGUUGUGAGGUCAUAGAACACCAAGAGAAACGGGAUGUUGAGUCUGCUGUUAAAGAAGCGGAGGAUAUAAGCAGCAACAAGGUGGACACACCGGAAAGAAUUACUGAUGCAACAGACCCUGGAAUGGAAACUCUGAGUCCUUUAAGUAGUCAUUUAGACUCAUGUGAGCCUUCAUUGGAUAUUAGGCAACAUUCCUCUGAGGAGCAUGAUACUUGGACUCAUUCUAAUGAGAGUAACAUAUGUUCUGAUGAAAUAGAAGCUCCUCGGGAGAAGGGUCUCUGGAAACAAGACGCAGAGAAGGUAGGAUCUGCGACAGAUGGCCAGAUCCAGGUCCAAGGCAAUUCCAUGGACAUGGAUUCGUCCAGUACUGCAAAUCAAACCAUUCUCACAGAAAGAGAGGAACCUGAGGAAGUUUCAAUUGGAGUGCAAGGUGAGGAAGAAAGUGGCCAGGUGAUGAUGGAUGAUCUGACCGAGAGCGAUAGGUUGCAUCAGGGUCAGAUGCUGCAAGAGAAGGGUAAAGCUUUAGACAUGACUAAGGAUGAAGAGGUCCUCGUAGGUGAUUGUUCUCAAGAGGAGCAUGGUAAAACCAGUGGCCCAGGAGCAGAUUCUGAAGAAGCCGUGAAAGAAAUGGAAGCAAGGACGCCAGAUGCAAUUGCAGUUGGAGGAAUUUCGUUUGAACAACUUGCGCUCAGAAGCAGUGGGGUGGACAAGCCUGUGGGUAUCACUGAAAGCAACCAAAUGGAAUCUUUAUCAAGUAUCUCAGAGGAUAAUCACAACCCGAAGUUAGAAGGUCCUGAAGUACAGAAAGACUCAAAGACUGCCUUAGAUGAUAUUCAUUUGCUUGAACUAAGAGACAAGGGUGUCUGUAUAGAGGAGACUGCAAAGAAAGCAGAGGACAUUGGAAACCAAAGAUAUACAACAGGUGCUGAAGCAGGAGAAACCAAAGAAUCGUUUAGUGUAGACACAACUGUAUUACUUGACGUGUGCCUUUUGAGUAAAGAAACUGAAGUUAAUGAUGAAACUGAGGAAUCCCAAUUCCAGGAGGUUGCAUGUAUGAACCAUACAACAGGAGAGGAAUUGUACCAUUCCAGACUGGAUGAGAAUGUGAGUAAGGUCAACCAAGAAAGCAUUUCAGUUGAUGUGUCUGGGUUUGGGCUGGAUGUGUCUGGAUUCGGGCUUAGCCCAUCGGAUGACUGCUUUCCCUCUUCCACAUGUGAGGUAGAAGAGACCGUUCCUCAAAACCAAAGCUGUCAUGUCCUAGUGCCUUCCAUUGGAAAUGAGAAUGCACCUCAUCAGAGAGAAGACAUUGCUUGUCUUGGUGAAGAAUCCGAUCAAUCUGUGUCUCUUAAUGACGAUCUUGUUCGGGAUAACCUCGCUUUGGUCGACGUCACUGAGGUGAAAGCAGUUGACCAAUCGGAAGAAUCUUGCAGGAGUCCUCUCGAGUCGAGGCAUUCCCCAAACCACCUGUCAACAGACGACAGCAUCCUUUCAACGUCCCAUACGUCUAAAGACUCCAGCGUUGGCAGCUCGUUUAGCUUAUCAAGCGCCACAGAUUCAACCAUGUCACCGCUUUCAAUUCAGAUUCCCAAUGCUUCAAGGAAAUCCAGUUCAGCCGAAAACCUGGAGAUUGUCAUUGAGGAUGACCUUGAGAUGGAGGAAGGAGAUGCCCAGUUUCCAGAUGCUGAAACCGAAUUGAUCCAGUCUGUAACAAGGAGCCAGUACACCCAGCAAGAGAGAAAGGGGAAAAUCAACCAACUUGCUGAUGAAUCGUCAGGAAGGCAAACCCCAUCGGAAUCUCCAAAACGGAAAAAGACGAAGAGUAGAGUGAUAGACAUCACCGCAACUGUAUCAAGGAAGCCAUCACCUCUACAUUCCCCAGCCCCUGGCUCUGUCCUUUACCGACCGACAAGUCUACCAGACCUCUCCCCCCAUUCCUCAUCCCAGCCUCGCUCCCUCAAAUCGACCCCUUCACCCACCAUCCCUUCCCCAGCCAUGUCGCCUAAGAAGGAAGCUCAGAGACCCUCGCCGGUAAGCUCCACCCUGCCGUCUUCCAACGUGAUCAUAGCCGCAACGUCGGGGUUACCUCAUUCGAGUGGAUUGAUGGAAACGCAGCAGAUUAUCUUGAACUCUACCGCUCAGAUUAAUCUCAAAUCCGUCAAAGACAGCCUCGCAUCAAAAUUAACGAAGACCAAGACCUUCCUCCAGUCCAUCGGCGACAGCAACCCCCUCUCACCCAAAGAAGAGGAGCGUUCUACACCCCCACUCCAGCCACGCCCUUCCCCCUCCCCGAGCCCCGUCUCGGCAAGCCCCACACGCAGGAAAGGGUCCUCCUCGGCCAUACAGCACAAGGAGAUUGCCUAUCAGCAGUCUACUGAGAGGUCCCAGCCUCCACCGGGAACUUCACCUUCAGUUGGAGCUCGUUCAUCUGAUAAUGGGUGGUUUUCACAAGAGAGUGAAGAGAUCGAAAUUGAUUCCAGGCUCGAUGAUGUGAUUGAAGCUACAAAGACUGCUCUCAAGCAAAUCUCUGAAGACCCUAAGACCCGUUACGCCCCCAGCACCAUGAGAGGUGUUCUACAGACUUGGGUUGAUAAGCUGGAAGAGACAUCUGACUGUGAAGGCAUCAACCCAUCACAUCUACCAGUGACUAUCAGGGAGGAUGUCAGUCGCCUAGCAAUGCUCAGCUUUACUCUUGAUAUCUAUGCAAAUGAAGAAGGGCGUGGUGAUGAGAGAGAAGCAGAGGAGGCUCCUCAAUCAGAAAUGGAGAAAGAGUUGGAUGAAUGCAGAUCUGUAUUCAUCAAGAAGCAUUUCAGAUUACUGGACAGACGGAGGAUUAUGGAGGUACUGCAAUACAAGCAGAGCUGCUAUCAUGAAGCGUUUAAAACUCUUCUACAGUGUGAAAGGGCUGCAACGACAAACAGCUAUCCUGAUGAUCAAGACAGCAUAGAUUUACAGGAAACCAUUGACCAGUUAUUGAGUGCCGACCUCAUCUCCAGAAAUCUGCCGCAGUAUCUCGGCCUUCUGCAAAGGCUUUGCGGCUUAGAUUCCCAGAAAGCUUUGGAUAUGAUGAUAUCGGACUUUCCAUCCAUCAGCCCGUGGCAUGUUUAUCAGAUACUACAUGACCAGCCCAAGGAUCUCAUCCUGCAUUAUGUAGAAGCGUUCCCAAGGACUCACCCACAUAGCAACAGGACAAAAUUCAUAGAUCAAGUGAUGGCAUUAAAACCACUGGUUUUAAGUCUAGCAGAAGCUGCAGUGACCUUUGACACGCCAAGUCCCAGUGACCUAUUUUGUGAUUGCGGCAUACUUCCAAAGCUUGGGAGUCACCUGAUAACAUGGUCACAUGACCUGACCCUUGACCUAAUCCUGACCUCCGGUAGUGCUCCUGUAGACGAUCUGUUACCUCUGUUUUUAAGGGCCGGCUACUGGAGAGGGGCAGUCGUCCUGUUACGCAGGGAGAAAGAUCGCAAGAUGGACGCUCUGAAAAUCUGCAUUCAACUUGGAGAUGUUGCAUUAAUUGAGAAAGACUUGAUACCUGCUUCUGCGGAAGAAUGGAAAACCGUUUUGGGAUGGAUGAAAAAAUGUCAGCCAUCUUGCAAGGGGAAGAAACGUUUGUCUCAGAGAAAUUGCUUGAAUUGUGGAGCCAUUCUGUCACCUUACGCUAUAAAGAGUGUAUCCAAAUCGACUUCCCAUGUUGACGGUGAAACGGGUGUGAAAGAGGCAGAGGUAACGGACGAUAGUACCAAGCCGGAAUGUGACUGGUCAAUCACGGAGGCAUCACAGCCAAAGACCCAAUCAGAAGGCUUGACAGAAAAAUGCAAGCAGAGAUUAGAGGAGUGUGAGAUCAGUACUAUCCAAAGGGACAGUAACUCGGAGGGAUUGUAUGGCCAAUCAGAAGAAGGCAUUGAAAAUUGCAGUACUCUUCAAGAAAAUGUACAAGAAGAUCUGGGUUCAACUCACUCCCAAGCGAAAGCGAGUGUUCCUGAUUGGUCACCUACGGUCACAUGGCAGAGGAUAGCCUUCCUAUUGGUCGGUCACCUUGGUGCUUUGGAAGGGGUCAAGCUUUUGAGAGAGGUUCAGGUUCCUGAUGGAUUUCUAACCAGGGAGUUUAAUCAGAUGUGCAUCUAUGCUUGCAUAUGGGAGAGAAAGCAAAGCUUGCUAAGCCAUGCGAUGAUAGAAGGAACAGAUACUUAUCUCUGGUCUAAAAGACACCCCCUUCUGGGACCGUUCCUACAACACAUCGUGAUGGAGGAGCACCAGGAUAGCAUGGAGGGGUGCAAAGAUAUCGGUAGUCAGGAGGAGAGGGUCCUUCAGGUAAAGAAGCUUCUAGGCCAAGGAAAUCACUUCAUUGAAGAUCCUAGAACUCACUGGGGUCAGUUUACAAACCUAAGCAGGAUAUGCUCCUUGUGUCAGCAGCCUCUUUCACAGAACCUCUUCCGGGAAGCUGCUGGCUGUUUGAUCUUCCCUUGUGGCCAUGCAUUCCAUAUACCUUGCAUUCCGGAAAAGGCGUGUACCUUUUGUUACUAUGGCAACCAAGAGAAGCACACCUGAGCAUGCAUCUGUCUAUCAACCAUCUACCAAUAAGGCAUGUAGAUGACCCGGGUCAUUUUUUCUUUAAGUUGUCACAAUUAAUGAGAAUAAUUUCUUUGCAGUUGCUUAGCCCAUGCACAUUGAAAGUUGUGCUCAAAAGUUAGUGAACCCCACCACAAAAUGCACUCCUCCACGCUGAAUGUUGAAUGCAGUCAACAACACUACAAUUUUCAGCGGCGAGCCCAGAGAAACAGACUUAAAGCCCCUUUCACGAUUGAUGGUGCUACUGCUUACAACCACUGCGAUUCUGUGCAACAUAUAUUGUGACCAAUCAUCACAAACGAUCACCGAGCAAUUGUGAAAGCCCCUUUAUUGAAUGUUAUACAUGUACAUGUACUUUAUCCCCUUACUUCACAUUCCAGAACUUGAACAAUUUCGAAAUGUUCAUGUUGUGGUGGGAUUCACUAACCUUUUAGCAUCACUUUUUUGAUAUACCUACAUGGGGAAUAAUCUUGGAUUUAACAAAAAUGGGUCCCCAAUUUUUUUAUGGAAAAGGGUCCUUCAAAAGGAAGGAUGUGCCCCCCUCCCCUUCCACUCCUGCCCAUACCCAUGGAGACAUCGGAACAAAGAGACAACUGGAAACACCACGGCUGAAAAUGGAUUGCCCUAAAUAAAGUCUUUGUCUCAGAAUUUUAAAAUGAACCAUGUAAUAUAGUCUCGCGGCUGGCAGUAGGCGAUCGAGCUGACGCCCUUCUGCCAGCCAUGCAUUGAUUUAUUAUUUUACCUUGAGUGACGGUACUCAACGGAAGAAGAAGUGUCAUAUGGGCUAUUCCACGGUUACUCACGUUACAUUUGGAGACACCUUGACUCAUACUUGGAGCUGUUACUCCAUUAUUAUUGAUAGGAACUAAACAUCUCCUUAUCACAACAAAGUACACAGUCUGACUAUCCUUUGUAUAAAAACAAAACUUGGGAAAUUUUAUUAUGCUCCUGGCAAAUCUUUGGAAUGUGUCGGUUACUCACGUUACAUGAUUUGGACAUGCAUAAAAUGAAAAGUCGACAUAAGUGAAAAGUCUCCUCAUACAAGGCUUUUAUGAAAGUUGAUUAUAUCUAUUUCAAAGAAGUAUAUUAGGGAGACAAACUUUGUACAUAAUUAAAAAAAUAAAGAACACAUGGUUUUUACUUGGGGUGCAGAUAAUAUGGUUACUCACGUUACGGUUACUCACGUUACAUUUUGUCCAUGUAUGGUUAACAACACAAAUGUCAUUAAAAAUUCAAUAAUGUGUGUAAAAUUCAUUGCUAGGAACAUCAAAAAGAGAUUUUAUACAAAAAAAUUGAAAUAUUGGAGCUUUAUUAGGGAGUAAGAGGGAAAAGUAUGAUUUUGCUUACUAAUUAUGCAUAAAUUAGCAUAAUUGCUUAAUACCAAUUUGCAUGAAAUAAAUUACUGUAUAGUAUUGUAGAUUAUGUCCAAGACAACCUGCGUGCAAAUUUUCGGCGUGAUCGUGCGGCCAAUGGCCGAGAUCUCAAGGGGGGCCUGGGAGGCCCCACCUACCCCCCCCCCCCCCCGGGCCAUAUUAACUCCCAAAAUACCCCAGCCUAGAUAGGGUUACAGGUAAGGACAUUCAAUGUGUUGUUCGAACACUCUUUAAAAUUUGGUUAAUCGAAACCAAGUCUUACUAAUGCACUCUCGCAUUGUGAAUACUUCUACUAAUAUUCAAUUUUUUGUGUGAUUGUAUGACCACUGAUAUUUUGAUGAACAAAGAGUCACAUCAAAGAGGUGUACCCUCAUUUUGCUUUUAAUUAAUCAAAAAUAACUUCACAACUCACCAUGAGACUUGAAACUUGACAUCCCACUGAAAAUAUUACCUCACUGCAUGAUUUUUACUGGUUACUCACAUUACAUGAUGGUUACUCACGUUACAAGGUUACUCACAUUACAGUUUUUCUUCAUCAUUUUUAUAAAAAAAUUGUACUUUUUAAUGAUUUUGAGAGUCAUCACUGUGUCAAAGAUUGUUUGAAGGAAGAGAAUUUAAAAUCCCACCAAUUAACUGUGAAGAAUUUUUCUCUCAGAAAACAAAGUCAGUUUUUUCGGUUACUCAGGUUACAUCACCUUAGCAGGUUGCAAUAUUCAUUUUUGAAUGACUACUACAAAUUUACUUGAAAAGCUGUUGUGUAUUUUAGGUAAUUUGACUCUUCUAAACUUCAGAAAUAUAUAAAGUGGUAUGUUGUUGCAAUAACAAAAUGGUAAUAAGGCAUAUUUCAUUUUUCACUAUUUUUCUUGUAUUUUGGUACAGAAUGGAAGACACAACUUUUGACCAUUUUUUUCCAAAGUAUACAUAUGAAAAUAAACUUUUUAUUUCUUGUUCCUG